CGGAAGUUGAAUUGAUUCUUUAAAAAUACGCACCGUAAAACAAAACCGUUCCCGCUAGGACGACAUGCAGCCAUUUUUUUGAAAACCUCCGGUCUAGAAGAAAAUACCAAUGACUUGUGCAGCGUGCGGUUGUAAUAGUCGUUAUUUUAAAGAAAGCGGGAAACAGUUUUUCAGUUUUCCGGUUAAAGAUCGGGAACGUUUCUCCAAAUGGGUCGCUGCAUUUCAACAUCAGAACUGGAAACCAUCUGAUACGCUCUGCAGCGAUCAUUUUACUGAAGAUGACUUUGUUUUACUCCCAGGAGCACUAUUUCCUCGCCUGCGAGAGGACGCAGUGCCUUCUGUCUUUCAUGCUUUGCAAAGAGGUGGGAAAAAAAGUGUCCACUCAAGAAAAAAUUCAAAGAAGAGGAAGCGAAAACUGCCAGAAAAAAUAAGUAAGGAUAUAGACUCUGACGAUGAGAAUGGACAUUCGGAAUCCUAUAACCCAGAAGACCACAUUGACCACACGUAUUCAGUAGCUUGCAGUGAACUGGAAGAUAUCCCUUUUUCUAGUUUGAGCCCUUCCGUCAUUAAGCUUAAAAAGAAAAUAAGACGUUUAACAAGACGAGCACAAAGACAGAAGCAUAAAAUACAAACUAUGAAACUGCUAGUCAAACAAUUAAAACAAAACAAUAUGGUAAAAAAAUAAUGUGCAGGUAAAGCAUUUUGGUGGAUGAGCAGUGUAUUGAAUUUAAACAUAUAUUGGACUUUUUCAUUGGUCAUAAAUUCACCUGCAAAUGAUCUGGUGUUUUUUGUCUUUUUUUUUUUAAUCUGGAGAACAUUGAAAUCAUAUCUGUAAAAAGGUCAUGCCGUAAAGGAAAAUAAAGAAAAUGAACUACUUGUUUGGCGCAUUAUAUAGCUUUUUGUGGUUUAAAAGGACAAUACAUAAUUUAAGUUCUUUAUUAAACAUAUCAUAUGACUAAAGUACAUCCUAAAUUCAGAAUUAUCUGAAACA